GGCUUUUGGUGGGCGUGUCUCUGUGUGUCAUAGUGAACGCCUUGACUGCGGCUUUGCGGUAGCACACCAGUGAAAAGACCGACGACCGGCCCGUUAUCCCGCGGCUCACUAAAUCCCUGUGUAGCGGCUUCCCGUGUGAACGCAGACCGACCAUGGCUAACUCCUCCCGGGGCUCACUGUGCCUGCUGCUCCCGCUGCUGCUGCUGGGCCUCCUGUCGCACGUUCUCUCUCAGGAUGGCUUUGACCUGUCUGAUGCUAUUGAAGACAACCCCUCGACUCCAACACCAAAACCUGCAGCACCUGCAGCACCUGCAGCACCUGCAGGAGGAGCAGGGGGGGCAGGUGGAACAGGAGGAGAUCUGGAUCUGGAAGAUUUCUUUAAAGACAUCGUCACCACGAAAGCUCCGCCCAAAGUUGUCCCUAAAGCCCCCACUAAAGCCCCCGCAAAGCCCAAACCCAAACCAGCUGCUGAUGGGUUUGACCUGGCUGAUGCUUUGGACCCCAACAAUGACAUUGGUGUGAAGGAUAAGAACAAGGGACAGGGAGGUGGAUUCUCUGACAGCGACCUGAGCGACGUCGGCAAAGACGACUCCUACAAACCCGACAAAGGCAAAGGUGGAAUAGGAGACAGAGAUCAGAUCGAUCAGUACGACGACAACAAUGAGACCACAGCUGAGGUUGGAACCAUCGCAGGUAUAGCAAGUGCGGUUGUCAUGGCGUUGGUGGGAGCAGUGAGCAGCUACAUCUCGUACCAGAAGAAGAAACUGUGCUUCGGGAUCCAACAGAGUCUGAACACUGACAUGGUGAAGGCUGAGAACCCCGAGGCCGUAGUCGCAACAGAGCCGCAAGUUCAGCAGACUCUCCUGGAGCCGGCCAGCGCUGAACCCCCCACUGAAGAGAACCCUGUGUAACACACACAUACAGACAAACACACACCUACACACACUAAACCCUCACCUUAACCCCCCCCCCCCCCCCCCCCCCCCCCCCCACACACACACACACACACACACACACACACACACACACACACACACACACACACACACAGUCAUGCUGCAGUGCAGUCCAUCUGUCCUGUUGCAUUUCUGUUCUGUUGCUGCAGCUCUGUGCUGCAGAGGUUGAUGGGAUUUGUAGUCCUCUGAGCUGAAUGUGAACACAUUUCCUCCUCAGCUGUAAACAUGGCCGACUGUAUGACACCUUGCCAAACGUUUGUGUAAAUAGUAAUUUAUUGCUUCCUGUUUGAACACCUCUGAAAGUCUCAGCUUAGCGUUAGCCGGAGUGUUCAUGUAGCAUUUAGCUCCGGACACACAGAGACGUUUAAACAAGCUAACAGUGAUUAAUCAUGUUUGUGUGUGCUCGUCCGUCAGGAGUCAUGUUCAGUAAUCUAGAUUAGCGCUCCGAUAUAUUGGAUUACAGGACGUUGAUGAGAUUAACGGAGUGUGAUCCUGCAGAGCGGCUCCUGAGGGGUCUUUAAGACACGCCCUCUCUUCUUCUUCUCUUUAUUUGAGUGAAUGGUUUUGUGUUUUUUCAGCAGGGUCUCGUUGAUAGAGAUAAGUUUCCCUUGUUGAUGCUCAGAUGGAUCAUUGACGCUGCUCUGUUGAUAGAACCACUGAGCCACCUGUUCGGUUUGAUCCCCACAGGUGGAUCACAGUCCUGUAGCUCUGAUUGAACUUGUGUAAUACUGUGAUUUUAAUGAGUGUAAAUGGUCAGAUUAUGACACUUCUAUGGGAUUAAAAUAUGAAUCUGAGGGCAGAGCACCUCCUCAUAGAGCUGAAGAUCAAACAAUGACGACUUUAAACAAUCUGAAUGUCCAUCAAACCAAAAGAGAACAAGCAACGUGUCCUUCUUUAGACUGCGGAGAGAACUCUGACCUUAAACAGGUGAGACAGGCUCUGACAGGUAACUGUAGUCAUGUGACCAUAACGUCACGAGCACGUCGUCCUCAUAUCUUAAUGUACAAAGUUGCCUUAUUCACGUUUGGAUCUUUUUUGCAGUGAAGAAAGGCGUCUCCUUACAACCUGUGACUUUUUAUAGUGUAAAUAAUCUGAUGUUUGAAGAUAGAGUAGCCUCUGUGUUUCAGCCUUUAAUGCCCAUGAUGAAGAAGAUUGUCUUUCUCCAAAGUGAGCCAGCGUCUCUAAAGACGGACCCGAAAAGAGAAACAAGAAGAAGGAAGUCAUAAAAUCUGAAGGCUGAGAUUUAAAUUCAGCCGAUGUGAUUCUGAAAUUGAGAGUGAAGCCAAAAGACACUCGAUGUAGCGUAAAUGAAGCAGCUGAACUUUGAUUAAAAAAAGCACUUUUCUUUGUGUGUGAAAUGAACCUGAGAGUAAAGUCAGAGGCAGGAGAAGCUCUCUCAGGAGGAGGCCACUCAGAGGCUCAUAAACUUAAAGAUACUUACAAGCUAAUAAUCUUCCUGUUUGCGUUGUUGUGUUAGCUUUGAGUUGUUAGCGUGUACAGAUAAACUUUGCUGUUUUAACUCCACUUAGACAUUUCCUACAGGAGAGAGAGACCUGAGAGUUCACCUCUGACUCCUUUUCUAACUUAGAGACCAAAACGUUUAACCCCGAAACUGAGACUGACAAAGUAAGUUACCCUGUGGAGCCGCACAGUGCAGUUCCUCCAGUGUCCACAAGAGGCCUAUGUUAAACUCCUGUUAGCUGUCCUUAUGCUAAUAUUCCCUAUCAAUACUGCCAGCUUCGAUCAGGCAGUGGAAUAGUAUGAAAGGAAGACGCACCUUUUCGCUGUGUUCAGUGAUCAACUCCACAAGGCAGCUUUACCCAAGUCCUGAAGACGGACUCAAAGAUUGAAUCAGAAACGUGCACUUUAAAAACUUUCUCCUUGAGGAAGUGUGGAUUUGGAUUUUUGUGCAAUCAUGAAAAGUUUUCCCAUUUAUAAGAGAAGCGUCCCGUUUUAAGGAGUGAUGAUUGGCUGCAGGACGGAGACGUGAGGAUCGGUUGGUCCAAGUUGAGAUUAAACUCUUUUUCAGACGUAGACGUGUGCUUUAGCUGUGUAGAUUGAGUUAGCCGCCGUCGUUAGCUUUAGGAUGUUGAAUCGUGUCGAGGAGUGCUUUGAGAGUCGUAUGGUGUACAGAUCGUUGUGAGCAGUUCAGUGUUCGUGUUAUUAGCAGAGCAGCAGUAUGCUCAGUAUUAAUCUCUACUCUUUAGUGUGUGCGUGCGUGUGUGUGUGUGUGUGUGUGUUUACACUCUUCACUUGCUCUUUUUACACUUUGUACCUGACUUCACUUUUGCUAAAAUUUUGCUGAACUUUUUGUAGAUAGUCUGAGCUUCCUGUGCAGUGAGCUUGUUCCUGCUGGUUGGACUCCUGGAGUCAGGUGUGAUGCUUUGAGCUGAGUCUGGGAUCCUCCACUCUUCCUCUCCUGUCUGAUAUCCAGUCCGUCGGCCGUUCUGCUCGGAGAGGAGGGGAGAGUAAUGCAACGAUCAUGUUGGAGGGCAGUGUCGGGACAAAUCAUGAACUGGGUUUGAUCCCCGGUUUAAAGUCUGCUGCAUGCUGGCUCGUCUGCACGGUCUGCUCCUGCUGAUCAUUCCUUUUUAUAUUUUCAUUCAACUUUUAAAGAUAAAGAUUCAUGACCUCCGUUUUUAAAACCUGAGAGUAUCCUUACAUUUCUUAAAGAUCCUGAACUUUCACAAAACUCUGUAGAAGUUCUUCAGCACAGUCAGACCCUCGGCCCCGUGGAGUGAUCUCAGCUGGUCCUUGUACCUGAGAACACCUGGUGAGGCACCACUGUCCUGGUCUCUAGCUCUGGGUUUCCUUUAGCUCAAAGAUCCCUCUCCUAAAACACUGCAGACCAGAGGACCGAGGAACUCGGAACUCUCUGAUAUGGUGCUAGAAGCAACCAAAACCUGUGACAUGAUCGCUGCAUACUCACUGAGUCUGACGGAGCAGUCUGUCCCUGCAGAGUCUGUACCUGCAGACCAUUUACCUGCAGAGCCGGUACCUUCAGAGUGAAGGUGUGGAGGAUUCUGGGUCUCGGCUCUUGGAGUGGAUGGGUUGAAACUGUCUUGUUGUCCUGUGUUAUUGCAGAUACUGGGGGAGGGGGGGGGGGGGGGGGGGGGGGGGGGGGGGGGGGGGGGGAUGAGCUGUAAACAGUGUUCAGGUCUACAGAACAACACGUUGCUGCACAGUCCUACUUGAAGACCUCCUCUGGUCUCCUCUUUGUUGCCUUGGAAAGCAUCUGCUUCUUCAUCUGAUCCUCUGAGACACUCCUCCUCUCAAAGUCCUGAUACGUACAGCUGGUCUUCUUUAACCUCAGAGAUCCUCGGGGCCCCUGUCUUUAACCACAGACCCUGUGCCACAGUUUGAAGGGCCUACACAGUGAACACCGAGCACCUGGUCCUCUGCAUGUCUCCUGAACUGAUUCUCUGCCUGACCCAUACAUAGACUAGUUUACCUGUCCUGGAUCUGAUCCAAUUAAACCAGAGAGAUCAGAAAGCUACAGGGGGUCCCAAAAAGUUUAACUUACAAUCUAAAUGAAUCCACCGGGACACAACCUAGAAGACUUAAAUCUGGAUCUAGACUUAUGUAUACUCUCAGGUGGAUCGGGUCUCCAGUGGUGGUUGGACUUGAAACCUGCAUUGGGUUUUGCGGUCGCCUGCUCGUGACUAUGAGAGUCUCAGCUGUGUGUCCUUGUCUGAGAGACCCAGUGUGUCCUGAACCAGAUGUCAGUAACCCGACAGGUCUCUGGGGUGACAAGGUGGGGAGCUGAAACCUCCUCUGAUUGGUUGUAGAGCUGGGUGACGGAGGUUUAGCAGUUUAACGGUGUCUGAGCAUUCAGGACGAUGAGGGGGGGGGGGGGGUGUGACAGGAGGAUCUUCUCACCGUGUCAGAGUCCUGCAUGAAACCCUCUCUGCCCGUCAGCUGUACUUAAAAGGUGCUCCUCUCUUUGCCUUAUACCUGCACUGUCCCUCAGGGACGACCACAGAAAUCACCUAACACCCGUCGCUGCACCUGAGCGAGAGCAGCGCCCUCCACCUUCGGCUCCUGCGGUGGUGUUUAGUGGUCAGGACUGACAGGGGAGGGCGUGCAGUCGAGCUCGGAUGGAGAGCUGAACUUCACCUCAGUCAAACUUCAAACCUUUCUGCUCGAUGAAUGUACGAAACAUGAAGCAAAAACCUUUGGCUGUAGCAAAAACAAUUUCACCAAAGACACUGCGUGGACCGAAGCCGCCUCGAACUGACUGUUAGGGGGGACAGGAUGAAACCAGGCCUUAAGUCUGAACCUAGAACAGUCUGAUGAUGAUGAUCAGGUGAUGAAGAGUAGGAAUGUUUUCAUGCGCACCUGAUGUGGUGAAGUUUGAUCACAGUGCUCACUCAGACAUACUGCUGGGCUCUGAUUGGCUCUUUGAGCGUCGAUGCUGCUCUUAGAUUCACUGCGCAGGUGUUAGCUCACCUGCAGACUAACGCCGUGUCGUGUCAGGGUUUGAGGAGCUGGAUUCUGUGGUGGUGAAGUCUUUAGUCGUGGUCAGUCUGAAGGCGUGAUGCAUGGAGUCACAUGAUGAGGUCCUGGACGAGCACUGAGCGUGCUAACAGGACAGCCUCUCCAAGGCGAGUCUGUAAUCCAUCCGGUCUGUAUUACAGGGAUCACCAAUCAAACCGCCUCUGGACGCUGCAGCAGAAGCAGAAGACACGCCCCCUGAUAGAUACAGCGUUGUGAUUGGCCUCACCUGAAACACUGCAUUGUGCACACAAGGUCUGUACAUGGCGGUAUAACUUUGUAAUGACACACCUGCAGAGCAUCAGGUGCCUGAGCAUGAAGCUACCCUGAGAGUCCUACCCCUAUUACCCACAAUGCAUCUCAGUACCACCAAUCUUUAAGACCUGUGGUCGCUGCUUUGAGCCUGUGCAGAGCUGAAGAGUCAGUGUCUGAUAUAAUUAGCCUGUUGGCAUGUUGCUAAAACUGCCUGCUGUCCAGACUUGAGCUGGGACUUGUAAUUUGAUAACAGACUGCUGUGUGACUUCUUCUGAGUGUGUGUCCUGUUUGAAAUCUUACUUCCUGUCACUGUGAGGUGCAAAACCAGCCAGACACCUGAGACCUUGCCCUCUGACCCCACCCCCUGGGUGAGGUGUGUCUCUGCAUACAGCACAUACACACCUGCCAACCCCCCCAGUGUCCUGCCUCACACACCUUGAUGCAUGCUUUCCCUACAUACUGUAUUUAUACUCUUUUUCUGACAACUGAAUGUUGGACAGUUUUCUCUGCUGGAGGUGUUGAUGAUCGUGAACUCUGCUUUCUGUAUGAAACAUGUUACUGAUACCUGUUACUAAUAACAACCAAUAAAACCUGUGAAAGACAA